AUGAAAGAAAUCGAGCCUGGAUACAAGUGCCCAUGCAGUCAAACAGUACUACGCCGUUUACGUGCUCUUGAAGAUGAAGUAAAAACCAAGAUCCAAUGUACAUUAGAUUUGUGCAAAUUUAUUGCUCUGGAUACGGAUUGUUGGACUUCUCGAUCUCAAGAAGGUUAUAUGAAUGUGAAUGCUCACAUCGUAAAUAACGUAUGGGAGCCACAAAUAUUCACGUUAAGUAUGCAAGAACUUAGCGAAAGGCAUACGGCGGAAAAUUUAGCUGACAGCUUACAAAAUGUUGCUGCUGAAUGGCAAAUUGACACCAAAAUUGUAUCCAUUGUUCAUGAUAAUGCAAGCAACAUUGUUCUCGCAGUGAACAGCAUGAUGAACGUCGGAUCCAGCUCUAGUUGUGCAGCACACACGAUAAAUUUAGCCGUGAGAGAUGCGUUGAAGGAAGAUAAUAUUUCCAUCGUGCUUGCUAAAGGAAGUAAAAUUGUUUCCCAUUUUCAUCAUUCCGUCAUUGCUUCACAAGCUCUUGCAAAAAAAACAAGAACAAUUAGGCUUACCUCAACGAAAAUUAAUCCAAAGUGUUCGUACUCGAUGGAAUACAGAUUUACUUAUGGCUGA